CAUCAAUGUUUCCAUCAGGUUCUAGCAGUACUUCAGAGCAUUAGUCCUUUCAAUGAAUAUCCAAUUCAUGUUCAAAAGAUGAUUUGCCUUUUUUCAUAUUUUUCUGAAUUAGGCUCCAACAGAACAAUUAUACGUCAAAAUCACCGACCAGAGUACUUCUACUGGAUACUUGCAGGGACAGCCAUUAUUACCACUGUGGACUCAUGUGGUGUAACACAUACACAGGGAAUAGUAACAGCAGGAAAGUCAGUUGAUGAAAAUGCACUGUUACUUGGAAAACCACGGUCUCACACGAUCACAAGUCAAGACAAAGUAUCACUUCUAGCUAUGGAGAAAGAUGACUAUAUACAGCACUGCCAUGAAAAUCUAGAGAAAGGUGAACCAAGUCACAUUGCAUAUUGCAGGAGAGUUGCUCUAUUCCAAGACUUUAAUAUAUCAGUUCUGCAAAAGUCUCAAGAAACAGCUGUUUUGCACUAUUUCAGAAGAGGAACAGCAAUUGUAGUUGACAGCAAGCAGAGUGAAUGGCUCUAUAUAGUCAAAACAGGCUCAUGCCAAGUGUUACAAAAAGUAAAGCAAGUAAAGUCAAACUUGGCGAAUCGACAAGAAUCACAUGAAGACAAUCCAGUGGAGCAUGAAGUAGAAAUCUGUAAUGAUGAAAGUCAAUCACCAAAGUGGAGUCAUAGCCAUAUAUCAACACAGAAAGCUGUUGAUGUGUCUGACAAAGAGAUAAUUGACAAGACAGAUGUCCCACUAGUCAUGCCUCAUACAAACAGUGAAAUGACAAUAAUUCCAAAGUCUGCUGCCACAAAACCUUCCAAAAGUUCAUCAAAAACCAAAAGCGUCUUUAUCCAACUUGACACUCUCAAGCCAAGAGAUACAUUUGGGUUUGCUGAACUGGUGUUUACUGACUGUCCAUCUGUCAGUUUAGUCAGCAAUGGAGCAGAAUGUGUUAUGAUAAGGAAACGUCUAUUUGCUCAACACAUGAAUCAUGCCACAAAACAAAGACUCCUUCAAGAGGUAAAACUCUACCCACCAAGUGAUGAUCUCCAGCAGAAGUUGCAGGAUCAAGCUAACUGGGAGGCAUUCAAGCAAAAGACGCUGACUGAUGUGCUUGUACUGUCAAAAUGCAAAAGCAAAGAGAAGAACAAACAUCUGUUUCGUUACUCUUUUGUAGAUAGACAAUAACUGAAGACUGCCACAUACAUUCUACCCUUCAUGAAGCAAAAGCAUCAUUUAGCACAAACCAUACACACUUACUAAGUAUACAUAUUCUUGUAUUACAUACACAUGGCU